UUUUGACGUAAUGAAUCAUAACCAGAGAACAGAGAAUAUACGUGUCGCAUUGUAAUUGGAAACCGAAUACUGUUGUUAUAUCAAAAAUUCAAAUUGGCAUUGCCUUAGAUUAGGUUAAUCACCUCAUUAAGAAGUUGCUUACUUAAAGGAGAUAAGAAAAUAAAUUGGUAACAAUUAUAUCGUAUAACUGAUAGACGGUGUAGGGUGACCGAUCUUGAUUUUUUGCAAUAUCAUUAUGUUAUUUUAUGAUUAUAAUGUAGUUUCACAAACUCACGACAGCAAACGAAUUCUAGUCACUUGAGACGGUGGUGAUUAAGUAAAUAUUAGUGUACAUGUCUAAAAUUCGUGUUUCUUAUAUAACGCAAUAUUUAAGUGACCAUAAUUGUUAUAACACAUUAAUAUUAUUAAAAUGAACCCCAAAGCAGUCCAAGCAAUAAUUUUUACUCUUCUGGGUUGUAUGCUAAAUAAUAUAUUUCUUGAAUACAUUAUAAAGUUAGAUCCUGGCGCAGGACAUUUAAUAACAUUUUGUCAGUUUUUAUUCAUAGCAACCCAUGGCUUAAUUUUUACUUCUAAAUUUGGAACUGUUAAACCAAAGAUUGACUUUCAAGAUUAUUUGAAAUUAAAUCUUUUCUUUUUCACAACAAGCGUUGUAAAUAAUUGGGCAUUUGCGUUCAACAUUCCUGUACCAUUACAUAUGAUAUUUAGAGCAGGAUCUCUUAUAGCCAAUAUGAUUUUGGGUAUUGUGAUUGUAAAAAGAAAAUAUACUCUGGAGAAAUAUAUAUCGGUGUUACUUAUAACACUUGGAAUUAUAAUUUGUACAUUAUAUUCCAGUAACACACAGGCCCAAGUUGCAUGUUCUGAUUGUGAGGGUGAUUACCAAAAUGUAAAAAGUGAAGUGUCACCUGAUCACUUUUUCUGGUGGGUUAUAGGUAUUAUUUUAUUAACAGGAGCAUUAUUAAUGUCUGCUGGUAUGGGCAUAUUCCAAGAACAACUUUACAAGAAACAUGGAAAACAUCCUCAAGAAGCUUUAUAUUACACUCAUUUAUAUCCAUUGCCUGGAUUUCUUCUAUACUCUAGUAGUUUGAUAGAACAUGCAUCAAUAGCAACAAAUAGUGAACCAUUUACAGUGCCAGUUCUUAAUGUAGGAAUUCCUUUAAUAUGGGGAUUUUUAUUACUAAAUGUGAUUACUCAAUAUAUGUGCAUCAGCAACGUUUAUAUUUUAACAACGGAAUGCCAAUCACUUACAGUAACAUUAGUAAUCACUCUGAGAAAAUUCUUCUCGUUACUGUUUUCUAUUAUUUAUUUCCAAAAUCCAUUUACAUUCGCCCACUGGAUUGGAACUAUCAUGGUCUUUACAGGAACUUUAAUGUUUUCAGAAACACAUCACAAAAUUAGGAUGAUGCUCACUUCCAGCAAGGAAACUAAAGUGGACACUGACAAGAAGAAAAAAUAAUUAGGAAAAUGUUUUAGCAUAAAGAAGUUUAUCCUUGAUGAUAAUUUAUGUAUACAAUUUUGCUUUAUAUUAAUUUAAUUUAUGUUUUAAUUUGCUCCAAAGUGAUAAGCACCAUAAGCAUUUAAGAAUAUCUUUAUAUUAAUUGUAUCAGUCAGGUUAGUUAAAUAAGACUACAUUUUGUUAAAUAUAGAACAGCAAAUCAAACCAUAAGGUUAGUCUAUAUUCCAAUUAGAUAGCAAAUGCACCAGAUGUGUACCAUGUGUGCCAAAUAUUUUCAUUUUACCAUGUAAAAAGUUUUUUAUUGAGUGAUAUAUUCCAUUAUAUAUACAUAGUGUAUACAAAUUAUAAACUUUAAACAUGUUUUAAUAUAGUCGUUUUUGAUAAUUUCACUUAUAUUUUUAAAAUUCAGAGAAAUUUUUUAUUUUUGUAGAAAUUUAAAAAUGAAUCAUGCAAUAAAUGUUUCCUGUUAUAAUUAUUUUUUACAUGGUCAAAAUAAAUCCUAGAGGUGCCCUUCAAAUGUGAUUUUGUAUUACUUUUACAAGUGCAAAAAUACACAAGAUAUAAUCAGA